GUGCGUUUUAGGGUCCCGAUCCCAAUUGUGGAUAGCUCAGGUCGAAUCAUCGCAGUUCUUGCCGGCCAACCAGGGUCCGACUACACUGAGGAUUUAUUGGAGGCUUUCCGGCUUUUCUCUGACGCCGGUAAGGAAGCUCAGCUUGGGGCCGCCGAUCCUAAAGGACCUCAUAAGCGCGGCGAGUUCCCUGCCUUUAACCGAGGCGUUACAAUGGGCAUGGGGAGUCGGACACCUGUGGCAAUCAAUACGGGUUACAUGACUGGGAUAUUGAACCGCUUAGUAGGAGAAAAGGCUGUUCACCGGAUGGCGGCCUACCAAAACGCAGCGUUCUCACUUUGGGCACCACGCAUGCACGCAGAAUACAAGACCGUACACGACACCCUAAGGAACCAGCUACCGCACCUACCGGUAAACUUUCCAGGUGUUAGCGAGUUCUGUGCUACUGCAUUCAACCUCGGAGGCAACGUGUGGACCUUCAAACAUCGUGAUUUCCGGAACUGGCCAUUUGGCUGGUGCGCAAUUACUGCGCUUGGGGAGUUCGAUCCCAGCCGGAGUGCACAACUUGUGCUAUGGGAGUUGAAACUCGUCAUCAACUUUCCUCCCGGAGCUACCGUACUUAUUCCCUCUGCUGUCAUCACCCAUUCAAACACCCCAGUUGCUGAAGGAGACUCCCGUAUGUCGUUUACACAGUACAGUGCUGGUCCGAUCUUCCGUUGGGUCAAGAACGGUUGUAGAACAGAAAAGGAAAUGCAAAAAGAUGACCCAAAAGGCUGGGCAGAGAUGGAAGCUGGUAAAGAUAGUUUUUACAUCCGAUGUCUCGAAAACUUUUCUACAAUAGAUGAGCUCUUAGCCUCAAUCGGAUGA